GGAGCACCAUGCAGAUCGGCGCCCGGCGCCCUGCAGACCCCUCGCGAGGCACAGAGGCCGGGGCGGCGCCGGGGCGACGGGGAGCAUGAGAGCAGCCGGGGACCGGCUGGGCUCGGAGCUCUGCUAGGGAGCGGUGUGCGCGGAACGCUCGCCGGGACGCGGCAGAGGGCGGGAGCCGAGCGCCCGGGGCUGUGGGCAUUUCGGACGCCGACGCGAGGGGCCCGGAGCCAGCCGAGGCUCCCGGCACGCUGCCGACAUGGGCAACGCGGGGAGCAUGGACUCGCAGCAGACCGAUUUCAGGGCGCACAACGUGCCAUUGAAGCUGCCGAUGCCCGAGCCAGGUGAACUGGAGGAGCGCUUUGCCAUCGUGCUGAAUGCUAUGAACCUACCUCCUGACAAAGCCAGGUUACUGCGGCAGUAUGACAAUGAGAAAAAAUGGGAGCUGAUCUGUGAUCAGGAGCGAUUCCAGGUAAAGAACCCUCCCCAUACAUACAUUCAGAAGCUCAAAGGCUACCUGGAUCCAGCUGUAACCAGGAAGAAAUUCAGAAGGCGUGUUCAAGAAUCUACGCAAGUGCUAAGAGAACUGGAAAUCUCGUUGAGAACCAACCAUAUUGGAUGGGUAAGAGAGUUUCUGAAUGAAGAAAACAAAGGCCUCGAUGUUCUUGUGGAGUAUCUAUCCUUUGCACAGUAUGCAGUCACUUUUGACUUUGAAAGUGUGGAAAGUACCGUGGAGAGUACAGUGGACAAAUCAAAGCCCUGGAGUAGGUCCAUCGAGGACCUGCACAGAGGGAACAACCUGCCCUCCCCUGUGGGCAACAGUGUGUCCCGCUCUGGAAGACAUUCUGCACUUCGGUAUAAUACUUUGCCAAGCAGAAGAACCCUGAAAAAUUCAAGAUUAGUGAGUAAGAAAGAUGAUGUUCAUGUCUGUAUCAUGUGUUUACGAGCCAUCAUGAAUUAUCAGUAUGGUUUCAACAUGGUCAUGUCUCAUCCACAUGCUGUCAAUGAGAUCGCACUAAGUCUGAACAACAAGAAUCCCAGGACGAAAGCUCUCGUCUUGGAGCUCCUGGCAGCCGUUUGUCUUGUCAGAGGCGGGCAUGAAAUCAUUUUAUCAGCUUUUGACAACUUUAAGGAGGUCUGUGGAGAAAAGCAGCGCUUUGAGAAGUUGAUGGAACAUUUCAGAAAUGAAGAUAAUAACAUAGAUUUUAUGGUGGCUUCUAUGCAGUUUAUUAACAUUGUAGUCCAUUCGGUAGAAGACAUGAACUUCAGAGUUCACCUCCAGUAUGAAUUUACCAAGUUAGGCCUGGAUGAGUACCUGGACAAGCUGAAACACACAGAGAGUGACAAGCUGCAGGUACAGAUUCAGGCUUACCUAGACAAUGUGUUUGACGUGGGAGCCCUGCUGGAAGAUGCAGAAACCAAGAAUGCAGCCUUGGAGCGGGUGGAGGAACUGGAAGAAAACAUCUCUCAUCUGUCUGAAAAGCUGCAGGACACGGAGAAUGAAGCCAUGUCCAAGAUCGUGGAACUGGAAAAGCAGCUCAUGCAGAGGAAUAAGGAACUGGAUGUUGUCCGGGAAAUCUACAAAGAUGCAAAUACCCAAGUUCACACAUUAAGGAAAAUGGUCAAAGAAAAGGAAGAAGCCAUUCAAAGACAGUCUACCCUGGAAAAAAAGAUUCAUGAACUGGAGAAACAAGGGACCAUUAAAAUUCAGAAGAAAGGAGAUGGGGACAUUGCCAUACUGCCAGUUGUGGCCUCUGGCACAUUGCCCAUGGGGUCAGAACUAGCAGUGGGUAACUAUGUAGGACCAGUUACAGGGGUCACCUCCUCAGGAUCCUCACUCCCUCCUCCUCCGCCACUACCUCCAUCAUCAGACAUGCCUGAAGCAGCGCCAAACGGACCAGCAUCGCCACCUAUGUCACCCCCUCCUCCCCCACCCCCUCCACCCCCUCCUCCCCCACCCCCACCCCCUCCACUCCCAGGUCCUGCAGCUGAGACUGUGCCAGCCCCUCCUCUCCCACCCCCCCCUCCCUCUGCACCCCCGCUGCCUGGGACUUCUUCACCCACAGUAGUUUUCAACUCAGGAUUAGCAGCUGUGAAAAUUAAGAAGCCGAUCAAGACCAAGUUCAGAAUGCCAGUAUUUAACUGGGUUGCUCUCAAGCCCAAUCAGAUCAAUGGCACAGUCUUCAAUGAAAUCGAUGAUGAGCGGAUCCUAGAGGAUUUAAAUGUGGACGAAUUUGAGGAAAUCUUCAAAACAAAAGCCCAAGGUCCUGCCAUUGAUCUUUCUUCAAGCAAGCAGAAAAUACCACAGAAGGGAUCAAGUAAAGUGACAUUAUUAGAAGCAAAUAGAGCCAAAAAUCUUGCCAUAACUUUAAGGAAAGCUGGGAAGACUGCCGACGAGAUAUGCAAAGCUAUUCACGUAUUCGACUUGAAGACAUUACCAGUUGACUUUGUUGAAUGUUUGAUGAGGUUCUUGCCAACUGAGAAUGAGGUGAAAGUGCUCCGGCUCUAUGAGAGAGAGAGAAAGCCCUUGGAGAACUUGUCAGACGAAGACCGCUUCAUGAUGCAGUUCAGUAAGAUUGAGCGGCUCAUGCAGAAGAUGACCAUCAUGGCCUUCAUUGGGAACUUUGCAGAAAGCAUUCAGAUGCUGACUCCUCAACUUCACGCAAUUAUAGCCGCAUCUGUUUCUAUCAAGUCGUCUCAAAAGCUCAAGAAAAUUCUGGAGAUCAUCUUGGCCCUCGGAAACUAUAUGAAUAGCAGCAAACGAGGAGCAGUUUAUGGAUUUAAACUUCAGAGUUUAGAUCUGCUCUUAGAUACAAAGUCAACAGACCGAAAACAAACACUGUUGCACUAUAUAUCAAAUGUGGUAAAAGAAAAAUAUCAACAAGUUACUCUGUUUUAUAAUGAGCUUCAUUAUGUGGAAAAAGCUGCUGCAGUCUCCCUUGAAAAUGUUCUGCUGGAUGUCAGGGAGCUGCAGAGGGGAAUGGACUUAACCAAGAGGGAGUAUACUAUGCAUGACCAUAACACGCUGCUCAAAGAGUUCAUCCUUCACAACGAGGGCAAGCUGAAGAAGCUGCAGGAUGAUGCUAAGAUUGCUCAGGAUGCCUUUGAUGAUGUGGUGAAGUAUUUUGGUGAAAACCCCAAGACAACACCACCCUCUGUGUUCUUCCCUGUCUUUGUUCGGUUUGUGAAAGCCUACAAGCAAGCAGAAGAGGAAAAUGAACUGAGAAAAAAGCAGGAACAAGCUCUCAUGGAAAAACUUUUGGAGCAAGAAGCCUUGAUGGAGCAGCAGGACCCAAAGUCUCCUUCCCAUAAAUCAAAGAGGCAGCAGCAAGAGUUAAUUGCGGAAUUAAGAAGGCGACAAGUUAAAGAUAACAGACAUGUAUAUGAGGGAAAAGAUGGCGCCAUUGAAGACAUUAUCACAGUGCUGAAGACUGUGCCCUUUACUGCUCGCACCGCCAAACGUGGGUCUCGGUUUUUCUGCGAACCUGUUCUCACUGAGGAAUACCAUUACUAAACUAUUGCUUUGUCACCUGAUACUAUUAAAAGGUUGCUAUAGAUUUUUUUUAAACCUCUUAUUCCACCUCUAAACUCCCAUAUCUUAGGACCAACCACUAUGGAAUGCCAUCUUCUUCAUUUUACAUUUUGUGUUGUGUUCCUGCUGCAUGGUUUUUUAUUUCAGUCAUUACUGUACACUCAUACUGCCACUUUGAGUACAUGUAUGUAACCACACUCCUGCAAUGAUAGGAAUGUGGGUGACAGUUAACAGAACCACUUGCCGGGGACUAAUAAUAUCUCUGAAUACAAAAUUAAGGCCAAUGUUUACUGAGUAUUUAUUUACUGUUCCCUAGCAAGUUAACAGAUAACACCUUCCUCCACAACCCUUAUUCUGAGCUACCAUGGUAAUAAAAUGAUAUACUGUGAAGAAGUGCUCAGAAAAUGAACGGGGCAGGGAAUACUGGGAUGGCUCCAUGGGUGCCUGCCACAAAGCCUGACAACUAAGAUUGAGCCCCAGUACACACAUGAAGAAAAGAACCAAUUCUGACAAAUUGCUGACUUCCACACCUGAACCAUGGUACAUAUGGCUCCCCCUGCCCCAAGAUAAUAAAAUCAUCCAUACUAUAUAUGAAAACAAGGAAGGUUCUAAAGCUGUAUUUACAUAAGGACCUGUAUUAAGCACAACUGCAAAUUAGGCCUUUCUCCAAUGCCUUAUAUAGUCCUAAGUGUGCUGGAACUCAGUACGAGCUUUACACUGGGGACCCUUUCAGCAUAAAAUCUUGGAAACCCUGACAUCAUCAAUUUUCAGCCUCACAGCCCUACCCUGGGCAGGUGACUUCUAUUCACUGUCAUGCCCCGUUUCAGCUAUCUGCAGCAGUUCCGUAUUGGAGCAGAGAUGCAAGGCAGGAUGUGCAAGCAAAGACUGAAGAGCUCACCACUGUCUUUGUCCUCUCUCUUCAUGGUAACUCUGUUCCAUGUCAAGCCAGAGUACUUUUUUGUGACAAGGUCACAGCUAGAUGGGCGUGUUAGAGGAGAGUGGCGGCAGAAAGAUGGAGAAUAGUUUUUCUUAGCACUUGAAAAUGGGAGAGGUAUAAGAUUUGCACAAGUAAUUUCCUGAGCUUAGUGUUUAUGAUUAAAAAAGAAAAUAUGCCUGUGCAUAGUUGCUUACAGAAGAGACAAAGAACAUACUGCCAAUUGUCAAUAGCCAUUGACUAUCUCCUGUGCUGAGAUUGACAUGGAACUGGGUGUUUUGUGGCACAACUAUUCUGUGAAUUGUAUUUGCUAGGUGUGCUUGUCUUUCAAUCUGAAGAUGUCACUGUCAUUGCCUGCUCUGCAGUGUACUUACCCACCAGUGCUCAUUAACAGACUCAAAACUCUGAUCUGCUUGGCUGUUUGCUGCUCGACUGUCUAUCUUUCUGGAGCCAAUCUUCAAAGCAGCUUGAAACUGGGUGAUCAGGGCUGGGUGGGAAGACACUCAUCCUUCCCUUGUUUUACCUAACACAACCUGUGGUCAAAGCCCAUGCCUUCUGUUAGCUAACAUACCCAGCAAUGUUAAGCACUAAGUUGAGUUGCUUUCUGUUUUCAUCCCAUUUUUACUUAACCAUCAUUUUGUGUUUUUUGUUUUC